UCCCGAAGGACGCAGUCCCCUCCGGAUAAUGGGAUAUUGUUUGAAGGGCUGUCGAGCGAACCGGUGCGGCAGAGAGACGGAGAGAUUCAGCAGAUGAUGAGGAGGCUAGCCUCAAGGAGGCAGGCGAGUGCAGAGGGCCGAUCUCUCCGGCAGAUUCAGGAGGAGGACAUGAUCAGCUUCCGCAGAGCUCUGUACCGUACUGGUGUGCGUAUUCGUAGUAUUCAGGACGGUGGCCGCUACCGAGACAUUUCAGCAGAGUUCUUCCGCCACAACCCUGCUUGCCUCCACAGGUUGGUUCCUUGGCUGAAGCGAGAACUUACAGUCCUAUUUGGUGCCCAUGGAUCUUUGGUUAAUAUUGUACAGCACAUUAUCAUGAGUAAUGUGACUAGGUACGAUCUGGAAAGUCACGCCUUUGCUGAAGAUUUAAAGCCAUUUUUGCUGAAUCGGACUGAACAUUUCUUACACGAAUUCAUCAGUUUCGCCCGCUGCCCUUUUAACUUAGAAGCGUAUGAUCAACAUGCCAAUUAUGACUGUCCUGCGCCAUCAUAUGAUGAAGGAAGCCACUCGGACUCGUCAAUUAUUACAAUAUCUCCAGAUAUGGCAUAUUCUCAAGGGCCAGAUAACAGUUCGUCUGUGCCUGGUCUUGCUCAGGCUGCCUGGGAUGAUGAAACUCCAGGGCCUUCCUAUUCCAUUUCAGAAGAGGUUCGUGCAACCAUAGCUUCUCCGCUGGAGACGUCAGAAAGUUCUGAUCAGGACUCAGUUACAAAGAGUCAAAGAACCAAACUGCAAACUCAGUUCCAGGCCAAUGCUGACUCAAACGACAGUGACUCUUCCUCGGACAAUUGUGUUAUUGUUGGAUAUGUUAAGCCAUUAGCUGAGAGGACACCAGAAGUGGUUGAGCUGUCCUCGGACUCUGAGGAGUCCAUCAGGGAGAAGAAAAGGGAAGAUGUGAAGAAACAGCCACCAAGCCAGUGUCGCAGCUGGAGUGACAGUGAACCAAGCAGGAGCUUCUCGCCACGUUCCCCCACGUACAAGGAGGACAUAGGUAGUUGCAGAAGCUGCCUGUCUCCUGCAGUUGAGAAGACAGAGUCAAAAGGUGAUGAGAAUAUCAGAUGUAAGGUAAAAGAUCUGUCUCCACACGACUUAAGCUGGAGCUCCUCUCCGGGGAGUGACACAGAAUGCUUCCCUUGGAGUCACAGAUUGUCUAGAAUGGGAAAGUCCAGGAGCCCACAAUCCUCUUCACGGAACAGUCGAGGCAGUGAUGGGCAUCGGUCUAGGAGGGAGCAUCAUAGCAAAAGCCGACUUAAAAAGAGACGAUCGAGAAGCAGAGAUAGUAGCAAACACAGGAGCAAAAGAAGCAGCAGGAGGUGGAAGGCUCAUGACACCAGAGCCUCUUUAAAAAGUCAGAGGGUCUCUCUAAGUCGUGAGAGCACUCCAUCCAGAGGAGUAAGCAGAUCACGAUCCCGUAGCAAAGGCCGUGGCAAAAGGAGAUCAAGAAGCAGAGACAGUGAUCGUUAUUAUGUAAAAGACAGUUAUCAGAGUAGAUACCACUGGGGUUACACCUUCUGCAGUCGAAAAGCAUUUGGAGAUGGCUAUGAAUCCUCUAGCAGGGGGAGGAGUCAGUCUAAUGUUCUCUAUUCAAGGCAACCUGGUAGUCCAGAGUAUAGGAUACGAUCAGUUAUUGAAAGGGGAGAACUCCAUAGCCAGAGGGGACGCCAUGAGAGACACUAUUACUAUUAUGAAAGAUGCAGGUCAAGGAGUCGAUCCAGCAACAGGUCAAGGACCCCUUCUGGGGGAACUGACAGAAUGAAAAGUGACAAGCCUGGUGGGAAAAGGAAGUACAAAACUCGCCACUUGGAGAAUGCAUUCAUGGGGAGCACAAGUCUAGGAAGAGAAAAUGACCCCAAGAAAACUUCCUCAGAAUCCAGUGACUGCUACCAAAAUGAAGAAGAAGAUAGCCUUUCAGACAAUCAAAUCAGCAGUGAGACAAAGCGUAAAAAAAGGAAAAAAAAGAUGAGGAGUCCAAGUGUGGAGAUAGUCUAUGAAGGAAAAGUGACAGACACAACAAGGCACCUGAAAAAGAAA